AUGGCAGAGGAAGGGUCUCCAGGCUGGGAGGGCCAGCACCAUCACAGGCUCCAGGAGGAAUCGCUGCCCACUAUUGCAGUGUGCAGUCCCAAGGAAAGUUGGGGCAGCAACUACCAUCAGAGAGGGGUCCUGGACUCUAGCAGUGCUAAAGUCUUGCCCUUUAAGGGGAAGAACACAGCCCGAAGACAGUAUUAUCCAUCUGGGGGACUACAUAGACCCUUGGGGAAGCUACAGCUCAUUGAAAAGUACCUUUGCCUCACUUGGACCAUGGCUGCUGCACCAGGUUGGAAGCAGCUCCUACCAGCCAGGAGAAGAGAGGAUGAGGAUGCUGCUGGGGAUGCAGAGCUGGCUGAGAGGGACCAAGUGGCCCAGAAACCAGUCCAGCAAAGGGGAUUGUCGGAUAGAUUCCAUAACUCGCCAGAGGCAGUGUGCAGUCCCAAGGAAAGUUGGGGCAGCAACUACCAUCAGAGAGGGGUCCUGGACUCUAGCAGUGCUAAAGUCUUGCCCUUUAAGGGGAAGAACACAGCCCGAAGACAGUAUUAUCCAUCUGGGGGACUACAUAGACCCUUGGGGAAGCUACAGCUCAUUGAAAAGUACCUUUGCCUCACUUGGACCAUGGCUGCUGCACCAGGUUGGAAGCAGCUCCUACCAGCCAGGAGAAGAGAGGAUGAGGAUGCUGCUGGGGAUGCAGAGCUGGCUGAGAGGGACCAAGUGGCCCAGAAACCAGUCCAGCAAAGGGGAUUGUCGGAUAGAUUCCAUAACUCGCCAGAGCAGCAGCAGCAGCAGCAGCAGCAGCAGCAGCAGCAGCAGCAGCAGCAGCAGCAGCAGCAGCAGCAGCAGCAGCAGCAGCAGCAGCAGGAAGACGAAGGUACCAACAAGCAGCUCACUGAUCAGAGGCCACCUGUGGGUCAGGUUCAUAUUUCAAGGGGUGUAGAAACCCAAGAGAAGAGACCUGGCCCAGCAGAGCCUGAGGAACAGUCUGCUAUAAGAGAGUCAAGAGAACAGAGGCUGAGCCUGGAGGAGGCUGGAAAGAGGAGGCUGGGGCAGCUGAAUUGAGUGCAAAGCCUUAGGCUUGCAGAAGCUUUGGAAUGGAGGCUAAACCUAAGGGAGGCUGAGGAGGAGAGUCCAAAACUAUCAGAGUCACGGCAAUGGGAGAAAGGCUUUGGGGAAGCUGGAGAACAAAGUGUGAAUCCAGUAGAACCUCAAGAACAGACUUCUGGGGGCUCUGAAAUGGGAGAAUGUAGACUGAGCCUCGAAGAAGAAGGCAAAGGGAGCUCAGGGGAAUCUGGGACAGAACAGAGACUAAUGCAGAGGAAAUCCAGGGAGAACUCAGGCCUUUUGGAGACACAGAUGUGGAGCUCAGAGGUAAUAGAGGCAGCAGAAAUGAGACUGAACCCAGGAGAGGAUGUGGAGAAGAGUUCUAGACAGCUGGAAGCACAGAAAUGGAGCCUGAACUCUGGGAAAGCUCUAGAUUGGAGCCUUGGGAGAUCAGAGGCUCCAGAACAGAAGCCAGUGCCUUCUGACUCUGGAGAUGACAAGUUGGACUUGCUUGGGGCAGAGGCUGGAGAAGGGAGGACAGAGGCUUCUGAAGAGGAAGCUGGAGAUGAGGGCAGGCUGGUGAGCUCCCUUAGAAGCUACUGCUCUGUGACCACCCCCCUCCCAGCCAAGAAAGUUGGACCCAGAGCCUCAAAGCCUCAGCACUCCCUGCUUCCCUCAGUAUCUUCCCUACCUCUUGCCCCAGCACCUCUUCAAUCCACAGAGAACCAGCUGAGGAGUCUUAUGUUCUGUGAGGUGAAAUCUGGGGCUAGGGUAGGAACCUCCCACCACAAUAGACACACCUUCACAGUUAAGCCGAGGUGCCCUAGGCCCCCUGUAACCCCUGUCCCACCUGAACCCCAAGUGCCUGACCCUGGGAAGAAGAAGUACCCCACUGCUAAGGAGAUAGAGGUGAUUGGGGGCUACCUCCAUCUCAGCCGAAGCUGCCUGGCCAAGAAGUCCUCUGAGAGAUGCCACAAACACCUCAAAAUUUCCUUUAAUGAGUCAGCCCUGGAGACCACCUAUUAUUACCCUUCUGAGAGGUCCGCAGUGUGCAGUCCCAAGGAAAGUUGGGGCAGCAACUACCAUCAGAGAGGGGUCCUGGACUCUAGCAGUGCUAAAGUCUUGCCCUUUAAGGGGAAGAACACAGCCCGAAGACAGUAUUAUCCAUCUGGAGGACUGCAUAGACCCUUGGGGAAGCUACAGCUCAUUGAAAAGCAGUUGUCUCCCCCUUUCUAG